CGCGUGAGCGUUCUCGCCGGUCGGGGCACUGUAUCUGAGUGUCGAGUGGGUACAAUUGGGAUGUGCUAAAUUAUGAAUUAUGAAUACUCCAUAGUCAAUGUCAAAUGUAUGAUCUGUUGUUUCAUACCUACAUUCGUACUAACUUUGAUAAACACCAAGGUCAGUUUGAGUGUUGAACGUACGUUGGCUGCGUUCCUGGUAUUUGAAAUUCUAUGGUAUCCUCCGCCUUCGUGUCAUUCAAUUUCCAACGCUGACAGAAUUCCGUCGCGCGCUGCCCAUUCGCAGUUUUGCCGUCACUAGGUUUUUUUUGUUUCCGUCGUCGAUGGGCAAUUCCUCCCGUAGCGUGACGCGGCUGCUCAUCUGCAUCUCGAUUGCCAGGGUCGCUGUCCGAGAUCGUCUGGGCAAUGUCGGAAGCGGUGGGGAGACUCCCCACACGACCGGGGAGGAGGAACCUGCGGACCAGGACCCGCUGAUGUUCACCGAAGUCGGCGCGCAUGCUACGUAUACGUUCGUCGAACUUUGGCCAACGUCCACACCAGUGGGGAUGAAAGAGUUGCCGCGACAACCUGGGCGUUUCACACGACAACCUGGGCGCAUAUCGGAGCACCGUGGUCUGAUAAAGUGGUGCCAGAACAAGGGCUUUUUCUGCUUUCCAAAAGUAUGGGAGGCGCACUUGAUGGUCGGAGAUUUCCUUGCAUGCAAGUGCUCCCCCUCUCCCUGGGAGGAGAAAGCUGCUCCUGGGAAGACAUCGGCGAUGUUCAAUUUCACAUCUUUCUACGUGCCGUGGAAUUCGCCGGCGGCGAUAAUCAAACGCCGAGAGAAGGAUCAAAGAAGGCACGAAGAGCACCUCCCUACCGAAGCAAACUCAGGCCCCUCCUCGUGGUUUGACCGGAUCUUGACAACCUUCAGCCCGCUUAGCACGAGCGUAGAAGAGAAAAAGUUGGUGCAGCACUUAGGAGAAAGCGCGCUCCUAGAUCGCUCUCUCCGCGGUAGCGCAGACUUCGCUUUCGGCGACGCGCCACUGCUUCCGGGCGCUGGAGUGGAGCCCUUGGAUGCCGCACAUGAUCUGAAAGCCGUGCGGGUAGACGGCGGAAGAACAGGGCAGCGGGGGCGCUGGGAAAGCGUGUCGAAUGCGGAUCCGUUUCUAAUUCACUUCACCGCUGAAAUAGAGAGAAGAAUACCGCCGCAGUACGAGGAAAAGCUCGGGUGCGACCACGCGAACGGUGUGGGUCUUGCGUACCUGCAGCACCCUCAACAAGUGUGCGACAGUGACGGUUUUUGCUACUGUCACGAGCUCCAACCCUGGCUGCCGAUCGACGUUGACCGAUUUGUCCUUCGCAUGCCCGUGUUGCUCGACAAUUGGUGCUGGGGUACGUGCUUCGAUUUCGUUUACGACAAAAUCAAUGCUGACGUGGACAAGCAGGAAGUUGCGGGCUCGGCACCGACAGCACAGGGACUUUUUGCAAAGUUCAUGCGAGUGUAUGACGCAAUGCGCACUUCAGUCGUAAGAUACGCAGAAAAGGUGGACGAUCCGUGCUCCGUCGUGAAGAUGGAUUUUGUGGCCGAACCACGUAGCUGAGGAAAAGCUGCAAUAAAGGGAGCAAGUCGAUCAUGUGUCCUUCAACCCGCAGCUACCAUUGUACUAGGGACGGUUGCUUCUCAUCAUCGAUCUUAAAUUUGUCUGCUAGUAUAGCAACGACAAGAACGUCAUCAAUGUUGGGAAUCGUUUGAACGCAUCACAAUGUCGAGAUAUCGAAUUGCGUACUUACACUUGUCGCUAGAUACGUACAAUGAAUACGACCACUCGUGUUCUGCACGUUGAGAUGAAAGUACAGAAAACCAAAAACAAUUUUGUCU